AGCAGCUGAGGUCUCUCAGUCAGAGCUCUGGAAAUCAGUUCCAUGUUGUUGAGAUUCCUAACCACUUCAAUUUUAGUUUUGGGGUUGGUACCCAAUUUCAAAUGAAACUCAAUUGAACUAGCAGUGGCUACUACAGAGGCAGCGUGGAGGGGGAGAGCACUGCUCCAGUGCUUACCUUCUUUGAAUUAGAUACAUUAAGGGACCAGGUCCUCAGCUGGUAUAAGUCAGGGUACUCCACUGACUUCAAUGGAGCUAUCUAUGCUUGCUGAGCAUUUCUCCUAGGAUCUUUAUGUAUUUCUGUAAACUGGCUCUGAAAGGCCCUUUCAUAUGUUCAUGUCAUCUACCAACUUCCUAAUGCCACCAGCAGCCACAGAAAAACAGCUGGGUCUCACCUGUUGUCUGAUCUUGACACAAAAUCACAAACUGGUUGCCAUGUUGGUAAGAACUGGGCAAAGCAAUGUGAACCUUGAUUACCUGAUCUGAGCUUGCAAUGGAAUACAGAAUCAGCAGUAAUACCCAGGACUUCCACAAUAUAAAGCAAUCAAGAAUGAUUUAUACAAAGCCACAGAUUCUAAAGCCACCGAGAUGUGACGUCCUUAUGAUGACUCCAUGGUUUGCUCCAAUUGUUUGGGAAGGGACCUAUAACUCCGAGAUCCUGAAUGAGCAAUUCCGACAAAGGAAUGUCACUGUUGGACUGACAGUGUUUGCUAUCAAAAAGUAUGUAGUCUUCCUCAAGACAUUUUUAGAAACUGCAGAGACAUAUUUUAUGGUUGGACAUAGGGUGAACUAUUACAUUUUCACAGACAGACCAGAAGAAGUUCCUAAAGUUGCGCUCAAAGAAGGAAGGAACGUAGUGGUUCUGCAAGUUCAAAACUACCCUAGGUGGCAAGAAAUCUCUAUGCGACGAAUGGAAAUGCUCAGCUACUUCUCUCAGCAGCGGUUCAUUAAUGAGGUCAGCUACCUUGUGUGUGUGGAUGUAGACAUGAGGUUUAAUGACCAAGUUGGAGUGGAGAUCCUGAGCGACUUGUUUGGCACACUACACCCAGGUUUCUACACUGCAGAGCGUCGGUCUUUCACCUACGAACAUCGACCUGCUUCUCAAGCUUAUGUGCCCAGCGAUGAGGGUGACUUCUACUAUGCCGGAGGCUUUUUUGGAGGAACAGUAACGGAGGUUUACAAGCUGACCAAGAAAUGCCACGAAGCCAUCAUGGUGGACAAAGCCAAUGGAAUUGAGGCAAUUUGGCAAGAAGAGAGUCACUUAAACAAGUAUUUUCUUUACCACAAACCAACCAAAAUACUUUCUCCAGAAUACCUGUGGGACGACAAUCUAGGUACGCCAGAGAUCCUUAAGAAAAGAAGGUUUCUUGCUGUACCAAAGAAUCAUGCUGCAAUCAGAAAUAAAUGAAGUUCAUCUCGGACUGGUCUUAGUGUGAACUAACAUAACUAAUAUUGUAGGUUUCCUUGGUUGAUGAAAAUAUACAGAUAAUUGGUAAAAGCUCCAUAACUUUUUAUGACAUCUCCAGUAUUUCUGGAUAUGAGAAUGGUUUCAAGAUGACCCUGUUACCAUAAGGAUAAGGCAUGCAUCCGACAAAGUGGGUAUUCGCUCACAAAAGCUUAUACUCCAUUACGUUUGUUAGUCUAUAAGGUGCCACA